AUGGCAGCACAAUAUAUAUACCAAACUCAAGAUGGCAGCACACUUAAAUUUUCUAAUAGUACCAGUGGAAUUUAUAAAUGCAAAAAGCAACACAACUUCCGUACUAGAAGAAAAUACUAUUUCCAACAGGAAAAAAAACUAUCUAAAUUUUAUAACUUUGAUUUUAAAAAAGUGCUCAGUGAUUACCCUAUUAGCAAAGAACUAUUGUUGAUUGCUAAAAAAGAAAAAAUUACUUUGGAAGCUCAGUGGAUCUCAUAUUUGUGCGAAAUUAUAGUGAUUGAUUGUUUAAAGAAAGGCUUAAUUCUUCAGAAUGAAGAUAUUGAAGAAUUAGCCGUAAAAAUUGUUGAAGUCUUCCCAUCGGAGUGCACUCAAACUUUUUACGUGGAUCCAGUGAAGAAAAAAGAUUCCUUACGCCAGGUCAGCAUUGUCGCCAAAGGAAAAUUAACCGAUAAAUAUCGAAAUAUUUUAAAACUUAUUAGAACUUUACGAAAAUUUGGAGAUACUUCUAGUGCCUCGACUGAAUUUGAUGAAAAUAUUGAAAACAAUCAUCUAAAUUCUGCUCUGGAGAGUAAGCAAUGGUUGAAGCACUAUCGAGAUGCAGUAAAUGUUUUGUUACAUUGGAAGAAUUCUUAUGAACUACGGAGAAGUGAAGUUUCAUCAAAUAAAUAUUCUAGUGCAACGGAUAUAUUAAAUGACUGGCCGAUAUUGAAAGAGUCUGUGUGUGCAGAUUUAAUAAACACUGAUUUUGAAAAAGUUUAUCCUGAUAACGUGAUAAAUUUAAGUGAUUGCUGGAACGAGACUUUUAUCAAGCUUGAGAAGAUUUUAAAUAAUAAAAUAAACCCGGAACAUCAAGCUCAUUUAGAAAUUUUGGAGCAGAAGAGUAAAGACGUUCCGUUGCUGAGCCGGUCUAUUCUUCAACUAGAAAUCUUUCUUCAUUUGUUGACUCCAAAACCACGAAAGAGAACAAAAAACGCUUCUUUAACUGCGGAGUUAGAUAAAAAUAUUAUAAAUAAAAAUACUCUAGAAAGUGUAUGUAUGCAUGUUAAAAUACCCGGCGACAUCGACAAAGCUUGUGCUGCGAAAGUAUCUUUGAAAGCAACAGCGAAAUCUACAAUUCAGCCUUACUUGAUAGUGGUAGGUCCAAAUGUUUUGGAUUUAAAAAAAAUUUACGUUCAAGUUGAUAGCUUCCGUUUUGAGGCUUCAAGCUUCGCUGCUGGAUUUGAUUUGUUAUUUAAAUUUUAUGUACUGUUCAAACUUGCUUAUCCUGUUGAAACUCAACACUUUUGGUAUUUCGUACAGUGGGGCAUUUAUAAAAUACGAACCGACUCUGAUGUACCCAUACCAUCAAUGUUCACUAUUUUAAAUAAAUUGAACCUUAACCUAAAGUAAAAUU